CCACUGACGUCACCUCCGGCGCCUGAUGACGUCAGCGCCCCGCCCGGCCGUCAUCGCGGCGCGCCGGGCCGGAGUGGCGCGCGGCGGCCGGCAUGGCGCUCUUCCACGUCACGCGGUACUCGGGCCCCGAGGCGGCCGGCGCGGAGGCCGAGGCCGAGGCGGACGGCCGGGCUCGCGCGCUGCUAGAGCGGCUGCGGUGCCGGGCCCGAGAGCGGCAGCUGCAGAAGCAGCCGCCGCAGCAAGAGCCCUCGGAGCCUGCGGAGGCCGCGCAGACAGCGCAGGCGGCGGGGAAGCGGCGACGGCGGCCGCGCAGAACGCGGAGGCGCAAGAGCGGCGGGGCGCCGGGGAGCCCGCACGCACCUCCCUGCAAGCGGCGGAAGGCGGACGACGAGGAUGAGGACGCGGGCGCAGGUGGGGCCUCGCGGGGUGGGGCGGGGCACUGGGACUCGGGACCGCGUGGGGCUGACGCGCCGCCCCGCCCCCGCUUCUGCCGCGCAGAGAGCAGCGAGGAGGCGCCGGCGGGGAACAGCGUGGGAGCCGAAGCCGCGGGGUCGCCGGAGGGCCAGGGCGGACCGCCCCCCGAAGAGGCCUCUGGUCCCCCAGCCCACGCCCUGGUGCUCGGGGGCUUCGGGAGGAGCAAGGCGCCGAAGGUCCAGCCUUUCCUGCCAGCGUGGCUGGCUGAGCCAAGCUGCGUUGGAAAGAAUGUCACCGAAGGUCUGGUGUCUAUCGAGGAUAUCCCGGAAGUCCACCCGGACCUGCAGAAGAGGCUGCGGGCUCAGGGCAUCUCGUCCUACUUUCCAGUGCAGGCAGCAGUGAUUCCCGCUCUCCUGGAGAGCACAGCCAACGGGUUUCUGGUAAGCCGAGGCGGCUACCGGCCUAGCGACCUCUGUGUUUCUGCCCCAACGGGCAGUGGGAAGACCCUGGCCUUCGUCAUCCCCGUGGUGCAGGCCCUGCUGCGGCGAGCCGUGUGCCAGGUUCGUGCCCUGGUUGUGCUGCCGACCAAGGAGCUGGCCCAGCAGGUGAGCAGCGUGUUCAGCGUCUACGCAGACGCCACUCCUCUUCGGGUCGCCCUGCUCACCGGGCAGAAGUCGCUGGCCAAGGAGCAGGAGAGCCUCGUGCAGGACACAGCAGACGGCUUCCGCUGCCUGGCAGACAUCGUGGUGGCCACCCCUGGCCGCCUGGUGGACCACGUCGAGCAGACCCCAGGAUUCAGCCUCCAGCACCUCCGCUUCCUGGUCAUCGACGAGGCCGACCGCGUGAUAGACAGCAUGCACCAGUCCUGGCUGCCGCGGGUGCUGGCCGCGGCCUUUCCCAGUGAGGGCACUAGGGACCCCUUUGCUCUGCUCCAGAGAACGCAGCCCCGGGCUGUGACUGCAGCCAGCGUCUGCUGCCCCCAGAUGCCACUGCAGAAACUACUCUUCUCGGCCACGCUGACCCAGAACCCCGAAAAGCUGCAGCAGCUCGGCCUCUACCGGCCCCGGCUCUUUUCCACGGGGUCGGUGCACGGGGGCCCCAGAGACGCCGACGUGGACGGGGACGGGGACUCGGGUGGGAAGUACACCUUCCCUGCGGGGCUCACGCAUCGCUACGUGCCCUGCAGCCUCCGCCUCAAGCCCUUGGUCGUCCUGCACCUGAUCCUGGAGAUGAAUCUCUCACGGGUUCUGUGUUUCACCAACUCCCGCGAGAACUCCCACAGGCUGUUCCUGCUGGUCCAGGCUUUCGGGGGCGUGCGCGUGGCUGAGUUCUCCUCCCGCUACGGGCCUGGCUCCAGGAAGCGGAUCUUGAAGCGGUUUCAGCAGGGGAAGAUCCAGCUCCUCAUCAGCACCGACGCCACGGCCCGCGGCAUUGACGUGCAGGGCGUGCAGCUGGUGGUGAACUACGAUGCCCCCCAGUACCUGCGGACCUACGUGCAUCGGUGCGGGACUGGCCCUGGGUCUGGGGAGGGGGUGGCCUGGGGAGAAAGCCUGGUCCCAACAGCCCUCAGGGGCUGGGGGCCACCGCUCUGGAGGGGGCUGUGCUCUGUUUCAGGGUUGGAAGAACCGCCCGUGCCGGAAAAUCCGGACAGGCCUUCACGCUGCUCCUCAAGGUGCAGGAGAGGAGGUUUGUCCGGAUGCUCAGGGAAGGCGGGGUGCCCGGGCUGGAGCGCCACGACGCCCCCAGUGAGCUCCUGCAGCCGUUGGCCCCACGGUACCAGGAGGCCCUGUCCCAGCUGGAGAGCGCCGUCAGGGAGGAGCGGAAGCAGAAGGCAGCCUAGGCCGGGGCUCGGGACAGCGGCGAGGGCUCCUCCCCUCCUGGCGGGGGGGCCGCCUCCUUUCCGGAAACAUCCUGAGCACCGGUUGCCAGACGCACGAGCAGGAGACGGGGCUCCCUCAGCUGAGAGAGCCUCGGUCCCCAAGCGCGCCGCUGCCCUGGGCCCGGCCCCCUGGACACACGGCUCUGGCCCAGGCCUGAGACCUUCCAGGGGGCACGAGGUCAGCCCUGUCGGGUGGUCUUUCUGGAAACAAGGCUCCAGCGAAACUGUUCACACUCCCCCGGAACGGACGGCGUGGCGUCUGCCACGCAUUAGGCUGUAAGUCGGGGAUCAGCCUUGAGGUACCUUCAGGAAUUCAGUUUUUCUAACAGCGUGAGCCACCACCCUGCGUGGCAGAGGUGGCCCUGGGUCCCUCGCUGUCGGGGUAAACCGCCGGCCGCUAAGUAGCCGUUCCCCGCGAGGCGUCGCAGAGACCGGAGGAUCAUCGCGGCUGUACUUCAUGAUUAGUCACCGCGCGUGUAAGACGAGCGUCCAGGAAACAGGCUUCAGAGUGCUGACCGCCGUCUCUGAGAAAGCCUCGUUUCCAAAACUCACGUGUUAACAGAGCCUUAAUGGGAAUGAACCGCGGCUCCUCGUGUCGGCAGAAUAACCGCCCAUGAGUCCUGGCGUCCCAUGUGCUCGCUGUCGCCCGAGUGGGCGUCAUGGGGCAGAGUGGGCAGCUUACGGGAGAGCACGCGGACCAGGGCUCGGGUCGCACCAGCCCGGACCUCUCGGGGCUGUAAAUGCACUCUGCGUACCGAACCUACUCACAUUUCAGUCCAGGCUUCGCACUGGACCCGGGGGGGUGGCACGGCCAUGCACGGCCUCUGAGAGGCGGCUUCCCGGUCUGUGGAUUGUAUCUCAAUAAAGCAUCUGUUUGUUUAAAAACAAAUAUGGACUUCUUCCCUGGUGACGCAGUGGUUAGGAACCCGCCCACCAGUGCAGG